AGCUACUUUUGAAAUCUGUAUAUAUAUACGAAAGGAUUUCACCGUCGUUACGGUUCAGAUACAAUACAGAGAGUUAUGAAGUAUUUAGUGUUUGCUGUGGUUUCAUUAUCACUGGUACUGACGACAGUACCCUUCGAUUUACGAAAUGACAAAUCUAAUAAAGGAUAUACAGACAUAGACCUACUAGAGGAGAUCCUCGAACUUAAAGCUCUAGGUGAAGAGGAGGCAGAUGCAUACUUGACAACUAUCGAAGCAUGGCUUCUGCAAAUUUCCGAAAAGGAUGUAUCGUUUUAUAUUUCAAACAACGAUAAUUUAGAAGCUGUGGAAGUAUCUCUUGCAGACGCGCAAAAUAUCACGUCUCUAUCCCAAUUUAAUUUGGAUUUAGAAACUGUUAUUACAGUACACGGCUGGCAAAAUACCUACAACUCUACAUUCAAUGAUCUAGUAGGAUCUGCAUAUCUGAAUACCACCAAUGUAAACAUUGUAGCUGUAGACUGGGACACUUACGCAAGUCAGCUUUAUGUGAAAGCACGCUUCACAGUUCCUUAUAUUGGGGGAUUUGUUGGACAGUUCAUCAACAACGUAUCUUCAGCAUACAACUACAGUUUGGAGAACUUUUCAAUUGUUGGCCACAGCUUGGGAGCGCACAUUGCUGGAUAUGCAGGUCAACUAACAAAUAGUUCGUUGUCCAGCAUUACAGGAUUAGAUCCUGCAGGACCCUUAUUUUUCAAUAGCAGACCAGCUGAAAGACUGAGCGAAGGGGAUGCUCAAUAUGUUCAAGCUAUUCACACAAAUGCUUUAGUGGUAGGAGUGAAUUUCGCAGUGGGAAGUGCAGAUUUUUGGCCAAAUGGGGGCUACAUUCAACCUGGAUGUUUAAACACCUCAUUGUCAUGUAGCCAUGGACGUUCCUACUAUUACUAUUCAGAGGCUUUGAAUACAGAUCAAUUUAUUGCCAAAAGUUGUGAUAGUUACAACGAUUAUGUAGCAGCAGAAUGUAAACGUGUCCCUCAAUCUAUAAUGGGAGCCGUUAACACAUCAUUGUUUGGAGAUUAUUAUCUGGAAACUAGCUCUUCAUACCCAUAUGCACUGGGAGAAACAGACCUAUAAUCUGUUCCAAAUUUUGGAAUUUUGGCCACUGGCACUGAAGAAAGAAAAAGAAGAAGAACAUUCUUUUCUUGUCCGUUUUGCACACCAACAAACUGAGGGCCACAUAUUUUCAAAAAACUCAAGCCAAUACAAUCCCAAUAAAUGUAUACAUUCCAAAUGUAAUUCAUAGUCUCUAUUUUAGAACAAAAUUAAUUGCCAUAUUAACAAUUCAACAUAUUAAUAAAUUAGAUAAUGGAAUAACGAAAUAAUUAGCAUUUAGUUAGCAGGGCUUUUAAUAAAAGUUCCAAAUACUGACUGAUUGAAAUCGAAA